AUGAGCGAUAGCACCAGGAAGGAUGCUUCGCAAGGGCCCGUUUCACCGUUGCUCCUCAACAACAAGACUAAGAAAGCCAUGGAGUCAAUCGCACCGAUUUUAGAAGGCUUUAGUCCCAAGACUUCAGCCAGCGAAAACACAUCUUUGAAACUGCCACCUCCCGGAAGUCCACAUCAAACGCAUGUAGAAGAUGACAUUGGAUGCGACAUGAGUUUGAACAGGACUUUAAGCAUCAAUUCUCAACAUUCGUCUUCUUCGUCCAGACCAGGUCUAUCUCCUACCAAUUCGUACGAUAACGUCCAUCCAGGACUUGUGUUACAAAGGCUAAAGAGUAAUUCCAAUUUGAAUCCAAACACCUCGAUUCCUGGAAGCUCUGGUUCUCUUUCGAGCCAAACCACGUCGGAUCAAGGACAGGGAAACAGUGACUCAGGCGGAGUCGAUGCCCAUGGGGAAACUACCACAAGUUCCGCUACAAGUUCCGCAGGCUCUUCUCGCAAGCCUUCUGCUAGCGUUGGAAAACCACAGUUGCCAAAAAUUGGCAAAAUUGGUGUGUGUGCCAUGGACGCCAAAGUACUGUCCAAACCGUGCAGACACAUUUUGAAUCGUUUGAUCGAGAAUGGUGAGUUUGAAACCAUCAUCUUUGGUGACAAAGUCAUUCUCGAUGAAAACAAAGAAAGUUGGCCUACUUGUGACUUUCUCAUAAGUUUCUUCUCGUCCGGUUUCCCACUCAACAAGGCGAUUGAUUACGUUAAUCUACGUAAGCCUUUCUUCAUCAACGAUCUGGUGAUGCAAAAGGCCUUAUGGGAUAGAAGACUUUGUCUCAAGCUUUUAGACAUCUCCAAAGUACCAACGCCGCCAAGGCUAGAGAUUAGUAGAGAUGGGGGACCGCGUGUUGACGCCGCAUUGAAAGCCAAGCUUCUCGAACGGGGCAUCGAAGUCAAACCUUGCAAAGAGCCAGACUGGAAAAUGGUAGACGAUGACACAUUAGAAGUGAAGGGCGUGAGAAUGACCAAGCCCUAUGUAGAGAAACCAGUGGACGGCGAAGACCACAAUGUUUACAUUUAUUAUCACUCCAAAAAUGGUGGAGGUGGCAGACGUCUGUUCCGUAAAGUCGGAAAUAAAAGCUCUGAAUUUGAUCCUACUUUGGUACACCCACGUACCGAUGGAUCAUACAUCUACGAGGAAUUUAUGGACACCGACAAUUUCGAGGACGUCAAGGCCUACACAGUGGGUGAAGGCUUUUGUCAUGCCGAGACUAGAAAGUCCCCGGUUGUAGACGGUAUUGUGCGCAGAAAUACCCAUGGCAAAGAAAUCAGAUACAUCACUGAGUUAUCGGCAGAGGAGAAGGAAAUGGCUAAACGUGUCACGAACAUAUUCUCGCAAAUGAUCUGCGGCUUUGACUUAUUGCGUGUGAACGGAAAGAGCUAUGUGAUCGACGUCAACGGGUUUUCAUUUGUCAAAGACAACAGUGCCUACUACGAUGCAUGUGCAAAGAUUCUGAGAGAUACCUUUUUGCAGGCCAAGAGAAGAAUGGACCUCGAGAAACGUAACUUGCCUGUUAUCAAGGAGGAAAAAACUCAAAAAUGGGUUUUCAAGGGCCUGGUCACUGUCAUUCGCCAUGCUGAUCGGACGCCCAAACAGAAAUUCAAGCACUCCUUCACGUCGCCAAUUUUUAUCUCCCUGUUGAAAGGACACAAGGAAGAGGUUGUUAUAAGAAACUCCUCUGACUUGAAAGUUGUUUUACAGGCUUUAAUGAUAGCAAGAGAGGAAAAUACCGAGGACCCACUAAAGCUUAAAGUUUUAGCAAAUGCGUUGGAGAAGAAGAUGGAUCUGCCUGGAACCAAAAUUCAAUUAAAGCCCAUUCUCAAUUCCGAAAAGGAAGUGGAAAAGGUUCAAUUUAUCUUGAAAUGGGGCGGCGAGCCCACUCAUUCCGCGCGCUAUCAGGCUACCGAGUUGGGAGAGCAGAUGAGACAAGAUUUUGAUUUAUUGAACAAGAAGAUUCUGCCAAAUAUCAAAAUUUACUCUUCAUCUGAGAGACGAGUUUUGGCUUCGGCUCAGUUGUGGGCAAUGGCUCUAUUUGGUGCAGAUGAACUGGGUAGCGACGAAAUACGCAUCAGGAAGGAUCUUCUCGACGACAGCAAUGCAGCAAAAGACCUAAUGGAUAAAGUAAAGAAACAACUGAAGCCCUUAUUGAGAGAGGGGAAAGAAGCUCCUGCACAGUUUGCUUGGCCCGCUAAGAUGCCUGAGCCAUACCUUGUGAUUAAACGUGUCGUCGAAUUGAUGAACUUCCACAAGCACGUCAUGGAUUACAACUUCGAGACGAAAGACGUGGAUGAGAUGCAACGCAGAUGGUGCUGCGCGGAGGACCCAACGCUGUUCAAAGAGCGUUGGGAUAAGCUUUUCAAGGAGUUCGUUACGGUUGAGAAAGUUGAUCCUGCCAAGAUCUCGGAGCUAUACGAUACCAUGAAAUAUGACGCCCUUCACAACCGUCAAUUUUUGGAGCACAUAUUCGCAUCCAAUGAUGCCCGCGCGCAAGCCAACUUGAAUCUUUGCAAGGACUCACUUGUGGAUCGGUACCCUAUCAACAUCUUGGCCAUGAAUAACUUCAAGAUCCCCGACUCUAACUCACAGAGCGCGGGAAGCUCGAGUAAAGGUAGCAGUGUUGGAUCUCUGGGCUGGGUUUUGGAGAGCAAUUCAAAUACCGCCGAGUCAUCCUCGCUGUUUGACGACCCUAAGUUCAUGCAGUUGCGGGAACUUUAUAAAUUAUCAAAGGUUCUCUUUGACUUCAUUUGUCCGCAAGAAUACGGAAUUGAUAAUGGAGAGAAGCUCGACAUCGGGUUGUUGACUUCGCUUCCGCUAGCAAAACAAAUUCUCAACGAUAUUGACGACAUGAAGAGCAAAGACGAACCAGCGUGUGUGGCCUAUUUCACGAAAGAGUCGCACAUUUACACGUUGCUCAACAUCAUUUACGAGAGCGGAUUGCCCAUGAGAAUAGCGCGUAACGCUCUUCCGGAGUUGGAUUACCUAUCACAAAUUAACUUCGAGCUAUACGAGAGCACCGAUAGUUCUGGUCAAAAAUCUCAUGCACUCAGACUCAAAAUGUCCCCUGGUUGUCACACACAAGACCCCUUGGAAGUCCAGCUUGACGAAAAGCACUACAUCAGCUGUAUUCCCAAGAUAUCCUUGACUAAACAUCUGGAUUUGGAUUACGUUUCUCAGAAAUUGAGAAAUAAGUUUAGUCGAGUAAUUUUGCCUCAGAAGUUCACUCCUGUCAAUAUCACCAGUCCCAAUUUGUCUUUCCACAGAGGUUUGUCUCGUCAGUCCGAGUAA